AUGGAUUCAGUAUGGAUGACAUUAGCUAAAGAUAAAGAAGAACUAAAAAAAGAAGGCAUAUUACAUCGUGAUAAUUUCCUGGGUAAUAUCAUUUUAACUAAUGUGUUGACCGAAGCAGUAAAAAAUGCCGAUUUUGUUUUUGAAGCUGCAGUCGAUGAUACUGAUGUUAAGCGAUCUAUACUAGAUAGAAUAUCGCAUAUGAGUCGACAUGACACCAUUAUUGCCUCUAAUACUAUUCGAUUAGACAUUAAUGAUUUGGCUCAAUACGCUGAAUACCCUGAAAGAGUGAUCGGCCUACGAUUCUUAUACCCUGUAUAUUGUAUUCCUGAGGUAGAAUUAACUACGACUGAUUGUACAGCACCGUAUGCUGUAGAGAAAGUCAAAACGCUGUUAACAGAAAUAGGAAAAACCCUACUUCCCAGAUCUGGAUCGCCGCUAGUCCUUAGUCCCCUUCAGAUAGAAGCCAGGGUAAUUGCUAAGCGUAACCGUAUUGAAGAAACUAGAAGAAGAGCAUUAACCACAGGAGAAACGUCUGACGUUAAAGAGAAAGAGUGUGCAAUUUGUAUGGAUAAACCAAGAAAUUGUGUCUUUAGGCCGUGUAAUCACAUGUGUAGUUGUAUAGAUUGUGCAAAGAUCGUCAAGAAAAGAAGUGAUGGAUGUCCGAUUUGUCGUAAAAGAAUAACCGAGGUCUUAAGAGUAUUUCAAUCUUAA